GUCUCUCGCCCCAAAUGAGUGCCCUUUUGCCCCGAACACUCCUCUCCUUCCCUCUUCGUGCAGGCUCUUCUUCCCUUGCAACUCUCUCAUUAUGAUGUGCUUACCCUAUGUUCCUUUCUCGCCCGUGUAAACACCUGCGCGUUCCUUCCUCGUCGGGUUAGUCAUCUCUAUGUGAUUCUAGGACAAACAAAGACAUUUGGAAAACUAGCACACGUCCUGCAUCUAGAUCUGCAUCUCACGAGCCAAGUCGCUAUGUUUGGGAUCAUUUGACAUGGUGCAUGGGAAACUUGGGUGACCAGAUCGGGUCAUUUGACAUGGUGUAUGUAUGCUAUGCUUGGAGUCAUUUGACAUGGUGCAUGGGAAACUUGGGCGACCAGAUCAGUUUAUACCUACCUGAGUAGGUAUGUUUGGGGUCAUUUGACAUUGGCCUAAUAAGUUGAUAGCUGUCGAGUUUAUACCUACCUGAGGAAAAUUGUAACCAGAUCAGCUGAGACCUACAUAUUCAAGCAUCCAAUCCUUACGUCUUCUUUUAGUCACAGGUGAUGCUCCCAUUGAAAUUACAGUUCCCUGAACUGCCAUAGAGGGAAGUGAGUUUUGCGCACACGCAUGACCUGAGUACACAGUUUGCUUGCACGCACACAUUAUUUUUAUUAUAUGUGCCAGGGUGUACUUUAUCAUGUUAAUUGGAAGUUCGUAUUGUGUGCAGGGAGAUGCAAGGAGAUAAAUACAUCAAUGGAACAAUUAUACCAAGGCCACCCCCCAAUUCAGUACGGGAGGCCGGGACGAAACCGUGAUCGUAGAUAUGGACAAGGUCCAACAUCAAAUCCGCAAUGGGAACCCUCAAAUGACUACCAGAUGUCAGGAGAUGGAAGGAAUUAUGGUGCUCCACAAAACCAUCCACCACUGCAGAAUUAUGGUCCACCUAGACAAGGAGAAAGAGGUGAUCGUAUAUCCAUGAACAACAGGAAUUAUGCCCCAGGAGGAAUGGUCAAUUAGCAGUCAGGGACGGGAGAUCCAGUUCCUUCCUAUCAGAGUAAUUACAACCCAGGGGAGCAGGGAAAUUAUUCUCCCCAAGAACAAAGGGACUUUCCCCAACGCGAUCAGAAUAGGAACUAUGGUCCUUCACAGGAUGGAUCUUAUGGGCGAGGACCGGGUGCAUACCAGGGCCAAGAAACAUAUGGACCCUCUGGGCAGGUGCAAGUUCUGGCUAUGGCCAGGGUUACCCGGGGCAUGGAGAACCUCAAAGGUUCACACAAGGGGAGCAGAGAAACUGGCAAGGAGAGCCAAGGACCUAUGCACCGAGGGGACAAACUGGAAAUGACCAAGUGAGACAUUUUCCUUUUACUCGUAUAAAAAAACAAUGAAUUUGGACAUUUGACCUGUAGAACAUAUUUAAAAUCUGAUAUUUAGCCGGAGGAGCCUUUAACAUUGCCAUGUCAUGCCUUGAUCGUGACCUCUUGAUUUUAA